CCAGUGGGCGGCCCAAAGGGGAACGGCCUGAUGCCAUGGCAGCACUGCAGGCAGCCAAUGAGGAGCUGAGGGCCAAGCUCACUGAAAUCCAAAUAGAACUUCAGCAAGAGAAAACCAAGGUCAGUAAGCUGGAAAGGGAGAAGUCUCAGGAGGUCCGUCACGAGCAGCACAAGUCCACGGUGGUGGUGACGGAGUUAAAAGCCAAACUUCAUGAGGAGAAACUUCGGGAGCUUCACAGCGUUCGGGAAACACUCCUACGUCAACACGAGACUGAACUGGUGCGGGUCAUUAGGAUCAAAGACGGAGAGAUCCAGAGACUCCAGGCGCUCGUCAGUGCCCUCCGAGAUGGAUCCACCGAUAAGGUGAAGUCUGCAAUGAUGGCGGAGGCUCGAGAGGAGUGCAGGAGGAGUUUCGAUGUGGAGCGCAUGCGACUGCUACAGGAGAUCUCCGAGCUCAAGGCGGUGAAAAGGCAUAUGGAAGAGGCGUUAAACAUGGCGGUGCAAGCCGACAAGAGCAAAGCCGCCGAGAUCCGCAGCGUCUACCAUCUCCACCAGGAGGAAAUCAACCGCAUCAAGAGAGAGUGUGAAAGAGAGAUCCGCAGACUGAUGGAUGAGAUUAAACUAAAGGAGCGUGCUGUCUGUGGGCUGGAGAGAGAGCUCAGCGCUCAGGCGGGCCACACGUGGAAACUACAGCAGCAGAAACAGGCUGUAGACACUCAGCUGGCCCUGCUGCGAGACUCCAGCCCCAGACGAGAGGGCCCUUAUUCACCCGCUGCAGGAGACGCAGUAGAGAACACAGCUCACCCUAUGCAGCAGUUGGAUGAGAAGGAUGCUCGACGUUUCCAACUGAAAAUUGCAGAACUGAGUGCAAUUAUUCGCAAACUAGAAGACCGCAACGCACUGCUGUCAGAGGAACGCAAUGAACUGUUAAAGCGUCUCCGUGAAGCUGAGAGCCAGUAUAAGCCGUUAAUGGACAAGAACAGACGUCUCAGCCGCAAGAAUGAGGAGCUGGUUCAUGCAUUGAGACGCAUGGAGAACAAAGUGCAAUUCAUCACACAGGAGAACAUCGAAAUGCGAGAGAAGGCUGGGACGAUACGCCGGCCUAGUUCUCUGAACGAUCUGGAUCAGAGUCAAGAGGAAAGAGAGAUUGAGUUUCUCAGACUACAAGUGCUGGAACAACAGAACAUAAUUGAUGAACUGUCCAAGGCGCUGGAAACCGCUGGAUACGUGAAGAGUGUGAUAGAGAGAGACAUGUUGCUGAGAUACAGGAGACAGGACAGCCUGCGCAGGAAGAAGCCCUUCAGAACCUGUAGACCGGUGGUGGAGACGUUUUUUGGCUAUGAUGAGGAAGGCUCUAUAGACUCGGAUGGCUCCUCUAUUUCCUACCACACAGACCGAACGCCCUGCACACCAGACGAUGACCUCGAAGAGGGAAUGCUUAAGGAGGAGACUGAGCUGCGUUUCCGUCAGCUGACGAUGGAGUAUCAGGCUCUUCAGCGAGCUUACGCGCUCCUUCAGGAGCAGGUGGGAGGAACAUUUGACGCAGAGAAAGAGAUCAAGACUCGAGAGCAGCUUCAUGCUGAACUGUUCCGGUACCAGACCAGAAUAGCAGAUCUGGAGUGUGUUCUAAGUCACCAGGGACAGGAUAUGAAGUGGAUUGAGGAGAAACAAGCUUUGUAUAAACGCAACCAAGAGCUUGUAGAAAAGAUUAAAAAUAUGGAGACAGAGGAGACACGACUGAAAAAUGAAAUUCAGGAUGCAAAAGACCAAAACGAACUCCUGGAGUUCAGAAUUCUUGAACUUGAAGAGAGAGAGAGAAGAUCUCCAGCCAUAAACUUUCAGAACAUCCAUUUUGCUGAGGGCACGAGUCCCCUGCAGUUGUACUGUGAGGCAGAGGGUGUUACUGACAUUUUGAUCACAGAGCUGAUGAAGAAACUCGAUAUUCUGGGGGAUAACGCCGUAAGUAAUCUGACCAAUGAGGAGCAAGUGGUGGUUAUUCAUGCCAGAACAGUAUUAACAUUAGCAGAGAAGUGGUUAGAGCAAAUCGAAGUCACCAAAUCAGCUUUACAGCAGAAAAUGCUGGACAUCGAAAGUGAAAAGGAGCUGUUUGGCAAACAAAAAGGAUAUUUAGACGAGGAAUUAGACUACAGAAAGCAGUCUUUGGACAAUGCGCAUAAGCGUAUCCUUGAGCUGGAGGCGAUGCUGUUCGAUGCUCUACAGCUGGAGGAGACGGGAGGGAAGGUGUCCGAGCUGCUGACUGAGCAAGACCGUGAUUCGCUGAGAGAGGCUGUGGAUCAGUGGAAGAGGCAGGUCUUGAGUGAAUUACGAGAGAGAGAUGCACAGAUACUCAGAGAGCGGAUGGAACUGCUACAACAUGCUCAAGCGAGGAUAAAAGAGCUUGAAGAAUGGAUAGAGACACAGAAACGGCAGAUCAAGGAACUAGAAGAAAAGUUUUUAUUUUUAUUUUUAUUUUUUUCUUUAGCCUUCAUUCUUUGGUCAUAGCUCUUCUGGAAAGCAGGAAACGGUGCCAUGCGGCUCAGUGGACUCCGCUCACAGGCCUCAAGUGUUCUUCUGUACCAGAGGAGGGUGACACACGUGUCAUCAGGGGUCCCAGACAUCUCUUCUGCACUGAUACGAGACUUCAAACUGUUCACAUCAACUCUGGAACAUGGACGUGGAAUAUGGUGCUCUCCAUCUUGUGGACUAAAACUGUUUUUAUCCUCAUGACCUUUUAAACUUUGCUUCGUGUGACCUCUGUGCGUGUGGAAUUUAAGGACUCUUAAAUUGAAACGCUCUCUCCUUUCCCUGCUAAGCAGGUGGUGCUGGAGGCUGCUUCCCUUUGGAAGCCUGAUGGAAUGAGAAGUGUUACGUUAAAAUUCUUCCUCCCACUGUUUACACUCACUCUGCUUCAGUUCCUGGUGGUCCAGUACGUCUGGUGUUUGCGUGGUGGUGCUCGCACGCUCCUGUACAUUGAGAGAAAUGGAACUGAAGGUUUAAUCCUGGAAUUAAAAUAGUCUGGUUUUCUAAUGUACAGGAAAAGUGUUUGAAAUAAAUUUCUCAGAGGAAGACUGGGAAUCUAAGA